AUGGAGGCCGACUGGGAUGAGCUGUCGCGUAUCCCGGUGCCACCGCCGACGGCGCAUGGCCUACCGACUGUGGCCACAGCAAUUGCAUUUGAUGAUAUGAUGGAGCUUUUGUGGACCGGCAAUGAAUAUGGCAGGCUAUCUUCAUUCUACGGGCCAGAGCUACAACGUUAUACCUCAGUUCGAGCACACCCGCCAACCGAGGGCUCGGUACGGCAAAUCAUCUUCCACGAACGAGGAGUAAUUUCAUUGUCUUCCAAGAGCAUACAUAUGAUAGCGCGUCGAGGAUUGACGCAGUGGCACCUCACACACGAUGAAAUGGUCGAUCUCCGCUGUAUGAGCUUUACAGCCCAGACCAAUCGGAUUAUAGUCGCAGGAUGCCAGCGAGUGAUGUUCACGGUGGACAUCGACAAGGGUACGAUUGUCGACAAGCUGCCGACUGAGUAUAAUUACACGAUGAUGAAGAAGAGCCGAUAUCUAUGCGCCGCAACGGACACAGGCUCAGUGAACGCACUCAGCCUUGGAGAUUUCAGUGUCGUCAAAUCUUGGAAAGCCCACGGCACAGCCGUCAAUGACAUGGAUGCUCGAAACGAUCUGCUCGUCACCUGCGGCUUUUCUGCGCGCCAUCUUGGUGCUCCCAUCGUUGACCCACUAGCAAAUGUGUACGACUUGAAGACCUUGACCCCAUUGCCCCCGAUUCCAUUCCAUGCAGGGGCAGCCUAUGUGCGCAUGCACCCCAAGCUUCACACAACGAGUUUCGUGGCUUCACAAACAGGUCAACUCCAAGUUAUAGAUCUGAUGAAUCCCAACUCAGUGAAUCUGAGACAAGCAAAUGUCACAUUGAUGCUUGGUAUCGAUCUGUCCCCCUCGGGAGAAGCGUUGGCCAUCAACGAUGCCGAAGCCUCAAUACACCUGUGGGGCUCACCAUCGAAGGUUCAUUUCAAUGAAAUGAGCAAAGAAGCAGAGUUUGCCGAUGUCCCUACACGCCCCGCCCAGGUAGAUUGGUCACCAGAAACCCCGCUGAGCAUUGCUGGAAUGCCAUACUACCACGAACGUCUUUAUUCAGCGUGGCCAAGUCAUUUGGUCUUUGAAGUUGGAGAUCCACCAGCUCCGUUAGACCAAUCUCUCUUGCCAUAUUUGCGCCCUGCAGAAAUGGGACAUCACGCUCCAAACCCUCGCAAGACUCGUCGAUACCAAGCGGAAAACACACGCGCUUUGACCACAGCAGAGCCAGCACUCAUUGCCCCGAAAUUCCUGAGUGAGAAGGCUAGAGAGUACAGCAAAUCAGACGGGUUGGUUGGCGACACCGCAGAAGCACUUGCAGGCGCCAAGAUCAACGGAGAAAGCGAUGAUGACCCGCUGUUGAAAUAUAGCAAUGUCGAAAUCAAAUACAGCCGAUUCGGCGUUGAUGAUUUCGAUUUCCGCUUCUACAACAAAACCUCGUUCUCUGGCCUCGAGACUCACAUUGCCAAUUCCUUCACAAACUCUCUCCUUCAACUCUUCAAAUUCAUCCCUUUGUUCCGAAAUCUUGCGCUGAAUCAUGCAGCCGGGUCAUGCAUCUUUGAGCACUGUCUUCUAUGCGAACUUGGCUACCUAUUUGACAUGCUCGAGAAAGCAAGUGGGCAGAACUGUCAAGCCACUAACCUUCUCAAGACAUUCAACAGCUUCCGGGAAGCCUCCAACCUGGGCCUCUUGGAGGAAAACCUCACGAAUAAAUCUCUCUCGACUGCCAUUCAAGCGGUCAACCGUUUCUUCCUGACCCAGAUAGCUCACGAUUUCCGCAUGACCCAGCCAAGCUCGGAAGAUCUUGAUCAGCGCCUCGCCACCAUCGCAUCUGAAUCCAUUCGGUGCAUGUACUGUCAGAAUGAGAUUGUGCGACCUGGCAACUCUCUCGCCAAUGAGCUCAUCUAUCCGAACAUUGACAUCAAACACGCGCGGCGCAACCCCCUCUUCCGAUUCUCUAACAUCCUGCGCGCAAGUAUCGAACGAGAGACGCAGAAUCGUGGGUGGUGCAACUAUUGCCGUCGCUACCAGCAAGUGACGAUUCGCAAAACCAUUCGCCGGAUGCCAUUGAUUCUUGUCCUCAACGCCGCGCUGACCAAUCCGCUGUGCCGCCGGCUAUGGGCAGUCCCCGGUUGGCUCCCUGAUGCCGUUGGUAUCAUAGUUGACUCUGGUGGGCAAGUGUUGUGUUUUGAGGGCGAUGAGCUGCAGGUCCGAAUCCAAAACCAAACACCGGGACUCGUGGUCUAUGAUUUAGUCGGCUUGGUUGCGGAGAUUGAUAUUCCAGAACACCAAAAGCCGCAUUUGGUUUCUUUCGUCAAUGUAUCCCUAUCGGGGCGCGAGGCCCAGGAACAAAGCAAGUGGCACUUGUUUAAUGACUUCCUGGUCACUGAGCUUGACAGAGAUGAAGCACUUCGGUUUACUCAGCCAUGGAAGCAACCUUGCAUUUUAGCCUUCCAAGUGAGAGAUCCACGGCAUGUCGUCGAUGACUCUUGGAAGAAGCACCUCGAUAAAACUCUCCUGUUCCGCGAGUGGUCCCUGAAUGGCGGCCGCCAGGUUGAGUCUUGUCAGACUCUGACUGAGGAAGAACAGCCACAACCUGGAACCCCAGUUGCCCUUGAUACCGAGUUUGUCGACCUCGAGAAGGCCGAGAUUGACGUUAAAGCAGACGGCUCCCAGGAGAUGGUUCGCCCAAACAAGAGUGGCCUGGCUCGUGUCUCCGUGCUCCGAGGAUUGGGUGUCCGAGAGGGCGUUCCUUUCAUUGAUGAUUACAUUACUAUCCGCGAGCCGAUCGUUGACUAUGUGACCCAGUAUUCCGGUAUCAAACCUGGUGAUCUGGAUCCGCGAACCAGCGAGCACAACCUUGUCCCGCUCAAGGCAGCUUAUAAAAAGCUGUGGUUGCUUCUCAAUCUUGGCUGUGUGUUUGUUGGCCACGGUCUAGCGUCCGAUUUCCGCAAAAUAAAUAUCCAAGUGCCAAAGGCACAAACAGUGGACACGCAAUACCUCUUCUUCCAUCCAGGGAAGAACCGACGUCUCAGUCUCAGGUAUCUUGCCUGGGCCGUUUUCAAGGAAUUCAUCCAAGAAGACCCUACACCAGACACACUCCAAGGUCAUGACUCUAUUGAAGAUGCUCGCAUGGCCCUGCGUCUCUGGAAAAAAUUCCAGGAAUACGAAGACGCGGGGAUUGUCCCACAAAUGCUCGAGGAGAUCUUCCGCGAAGGUUCAAAACUAGGGUUCCGCCCGCCUCCCAAGAAUGGCGGCACAGCUGCAGUCCUUUCCCGGCCUGGUACUGCUGUCACGAUGCAGAAUGACAGUGGUCGCAAUACUCCUAGUACCCCCGACACCCGCUCCGUGGCCCCUGUCCCUGCCACCUCAGCGGCGCCCAACACUGGACCACCCAGUGCUCCUACUACCCCGCGUCAGGCAUUCCGGCGCUCUAUUGCCCUCACACCGAGCAAUGGCAGCUUCUCAGGGCCCGGUGCUAGUGACUUUUUUGGAGGGAGUCCCCUUAGAUAG